AUGUCUCUUGCUUCAGCUGAUCGUAACAAUAUCCAAGGAGUUCUUACUCACGGUGGACGCUAUGUUCAGUACAAUAUCUAUGGAAACCUCUUUGAAGUCUCGAACAAGUAUGUACCUCCUAUCCGUCCUGUUGGAAGAGGAGCUUCUGGUAUUGUCUGUGCUGCUGUAAAUGCGGAGACACGCGAAGAAGUUGCUAUUAAGAAGGUUGGCAAUGCAUUUGACAACAGAAUUGAUGCCAAAAGGACCUUAAGAGAAAUUAAACUUCUCCGGCACAUGGAUCAUGAAAAUGUGAUAGUCCUUAAGGACAUUAUACGGCCUCCACAGACAAACAAUUUCAAUGAUGUUUACAUUGUUUAUGAGUUAAUGGAUACCGACCUCCAUCAAAUAAUCCGUUCCAAUCAACCAUUGACGGAUGAUCAUUGUCGGUAUUUUCUGUAUCAGUUGUUACGAGGACUGAAAUACGUACACUCGGCAAAUAUUCUGCACCGUGAUCUAAAGCCUAGCAACUUGCUACUGAAUUCCAAUUGUGAUCUUAAGAUCGGAGACUUUGGUCUAGCUAGAACUACUCGUGAAACCGAUUUCAUGACUGAGUAUGUGGUUACUCGCUGGUACCGAGCUCCAGAAUUGCUUCUUAAUUGCUCAGAAUAUACUGCAGCCAUUGAUAUAUGGUCAGUUGGUUGCAUCCUCGGUGAAAUCAUGACAAGACAACCCCUAUUUCCUGGGACAGAUUAUGUUCAUCAGCUCAGAUUGAUCACAGAGCUCAUAGGUUCCCCUGAUGACACCAGCCUUGGAUUUCUACGAAGUGAUAAUGCUCGUAGAUACGUAAAACAGCUUCCUCAAUAUCCAAAACAAGAAUUUGCUGCUAGGUUUCCCAACAUGUCUCCCGGUGCAGUCGAUUUAUUAGAGAGAAUGCUUGUUUUUGAUCCGAACAGACGCAUUACAGUUGAUGAGGCUCUGAGCCACCAAUACUUGGCGCCGCUGCAUGAUAUUAAUGUGGAACCUGUUUGCUCUAGACCUUUCCAUUUCGAUUUUGAGAAACCGUCUUUCACCGAACAAGAUAUCAAGGAACUCAUCUGGAAAGAAUCUGUGAAGUUCAAUCCUGAUCCACCUAUUUAUUGA